AUGGCGGCAAAAAAUGAUUCACGCAGUUCAGAGUUUAUUCUGCUGGGUUUCUCCAAGGACCCAGAACUAGAGCCUCUCCUCUUUGUGAUGUUCCUGGCCAUGUAUGUGACCACAGUCCUGGGGAACCUGCUCAUCAUCGUGGCCACCAAAUCUGACCCCCACCUCCAGACCCCCAUGUAUUUCUUCCUUGCCAACCUGUCUUUGAAUGAUAUCUGCUAUGUCUCCACCACCGUCCCCAAGAUGCUGGUGAACAUCCAGAUGCACAGAAAAUCAAUAAGCUAUGAAGGCUGCAUGACCCAGAUAUUCUUUUUCGUUCUCUUCGCCAGCCUAGAUGACUUUCUCCUGACUGCCAUGGCCUAUGACCGCUUUGUGGCCAUCUGCCACCCCCUACACUACAUGGUCAUCAUGAACCCCCGGCUCUGUGGACUGCUGCUUUUGGGGUGCUGGGUCCUGAGCCUCUUUAACUCUCUGACUGAAGUGUUGAUGUUGUUGCGUCUCUCCUUCUGCCCCAUAGUGGAGAUCCCCCACUUUUUCUGUGAACUCAACCAAGUGAUGCAACUGGCCUCUUCUGACACUUUUGUCAACAAUGUGGUCUUGGAUGUCUCUUCGGUCCUGAUAGCUGGAGGUCCGCUACUUGGCAUUAUUUACUCCUACUAUAAGAUUGUCUCCUCCAUCCGUGGCACCUCAUCAGCUCAGAGCAAGUAUAAAGCCUUUUCCACCUGUGCCUCUCACCUCUCCGUGGUCGCCUUGUUUUAUUUCACCAGCCUGGGUGUGUACUUGAGCUCAGGGGCUACUGAAAGGUCAUAUGAAAGCACCAUCGCCUCCGUGUUGUACACAGUGGUCACCCCCAUGCUGAACCCCUUCAUCUACAGCCUCAGAAACAAAGACAUCAAGAGGGCUCUGAACACUCUUUUAGUGAAGGGAACAACAAAGCGUUCAGUUAUACUGCACUGA